AUGCCGCGGAAUCUCCACGAUGACGCGGACUGCCGCCACGUGCUGGACUACCUCACGACCACCCGAGGACUCGACCCUGAUGUGUUGUCGAAAUACUGCGUCGAUGCGAUCCAGCAGCCAUUCUACGGCAAGGACGGCGAGUCCGAGACCAAAUGGUGCGCUACGUUUCCGUGGAUGGCGCGGAAGGUGGACAUUGCCGCGAUGGGGGCCGAGUUGGCCACCCCCGACGACCCGGCUUCUUCGUCAGGGGUCGACGCCAACCUCUUCAACGUCGUGCGGCUCAAAGUCCGCGCCAUCGACGACAAGUCCAAGCAGCGCCUCGUGCCCAAAGGCGGCAGCUGGGGGCUCUUUGGCUGGAAUACGACCACUGUUAGAGUCCCGCGGUGGGAGAAUUAA